UCUUAAUUUAAAAAAAAAAAAAAAAGGUUUUAAUUUUCUUGUUCAUUUAAAGAGUUCUUUGAUCAUCUUGGAAUUUCAAAAAAAGAACAUGGAUCAAGAAAAUGAUCAAAGUAUUAGGUUUUUCAAAGUAGCUGCAGAGUCAGUCGAAGACAGAAUAAUUAGCAGCAGAGAUGAGAAGAUGAUUAUUAGUAAGAGAAAUAAAUUAGGGAAGAGAUGUUAUCCUGAUCUCGUAUCGUUCGAUGAAUUGCCGGAUUACAUGAAGGAUAACGAGUUUAUAUUGAAUUAUUACAGAGCUGAUUGGCCUCUCAAACUAGCCUUUCUCAGCUUGUUUCGAUGGCAUAACGAGACGCUCAAUGUCUGGACGCACUUAGUUGGAUUUCUGUUGUUUGUGGGUUUGACAGUAGCCAAAUUAAUGCAUGUAACUCAACUUGCAGAUUUCAUCACAAUGUUUACUGAACAGUUCCCAUCAAGAGCAGAAGCCAACAUCUCCAACAAAUAUUCUCUGGUGAAACAAACUACAAUAACCACCACCACAACAAAGUGGCCAUUCUACGUGAUUUUAAGCGGCUCGAUGUUCUGCCUCCUGAGCAGCAGCAUGUGCCACCUCUUCUGCUGCCACUCCAAGCGACUAAACACGCACCUCCUCCGAAUGGACUAUGUCGGGAUAACAGUCAUGAUAAUAACCUCGUUCUUCCCGCCAAUGUACUACAUCUUCAUCUGCACACCUCACUGGCAAAUCAUCUAUCUCACGUGCAUCACAAUCAUGGGCGCGUGCACCAUCACCACCACCUUUCUCUCUCCUCCUCUCUCCUCCGCUAAAUUCCGAUCUUUCCGUGCUUUGCUCUUCGUGUGCAUGGGCUUGUUCGGCGUGAUCCCGGCGGUGCAUGCGGUCGUGGUUAAUUGGAACGAUCCACAUAGGAAUGUGACUUUGGCGUACGAGUCGGUUAUGGGAUUAUCGUAUUUGGUGGGGGCUUUGUUUUAUGUGACUAGGGUUCCCGAAAGGUGGAGGCCCGGGUGGUUCGAUAUUGCCGGGCACAGCCAUCAGAUAUUCCAUGUGUUUGUGGUGGUGGGUGCUUUGGCACACUAUGGUGCUGCGCAUAUUUUGUUCAAGUAUCGGAGUAAGAUGGGUUGUGACACUACUACUUGAUGUAGUACAGUUAAAUCUCUAUAAAUUAAUAGGAUUGGGACUAACAAAAUUCUAUUAAUUUAGUUGAAAUAUUAAACUAUCGAACCUUUAUAUUUUUGUAAUUAGGCUCUAAUGUCUUGUCCGCCGUGAAAUGGUACGUUGAACCGAACCUCUAUCGACACUUGGAAUUCCAAAGGUAAGCCUUUGAGGAGCGAACGAUGCAAUAAUGUGUUUGCAGUUGCAUUGAAAUAAUUCGUCGCCAUGUUUUCUGCAAAUGACGUCGAUGAUGAUGAUGUCACAAUAUUUGUUCUC